UCGGAGCAGCUCCGCGCUGUCAGCCCGCAGUUCGGCUUGGUUCGGAGCGACUCGGCUCGGCUCAGCCCGGUUCGGCCCGGGAUGGCGGUGCCGGAGCCGGACGCGCGACUGGCGCAGGAGAAGGAGGAGGAGAGCGAGGAGGAGAGCGAGGUGCUGGAGGAGAGCCCCUGCGGGCGCUGGCACAAGCGCCGCGAGCAGGUGAACCAGGGCAACAUGCCUGGCAUCCAGAGCACCUUCCUGGCCAUGGACACAGAGGAGGGUGUGGAGGUGGUGUGGAAUGAGCUGCUCUUCACUGACAAGAAGGCCUUCAAAGCUCACGAGGAGAAGAUCAAGACCAUGUUUGAGCAGCUGGUGCUGGUAGAUCACCCCAACAUCGUGAAGCUCCACAAGUACUGGCUGGAUGUGAAGGACUUGAAGGCUCGGGUCAUCUUCAUCACGGAGUAUGUGUCCUCAGGGAGCCUGAAGCAGUUCCUGAAGAAGACCAAGAAGAACCACAAGGCCAUGAACGCCAGGGCCUGGAAGCGUUGGUGCACCCAGAUCCUGUCUGCCCUCAGCUUCCUGCACUCCUGUGAGCCUCCCAUCAUCCAUGGCAAUCUCACCAGUGACACCAUCUUCAUCCAGCACAAUGGGCUCAUCAAGAUCGGCUCUGUCUGGCACCGGGUGUUUGCAAAUGCGCUGCCGGACGACCUGCGAAGCCCAAUCAGGAUCGAGAGGGAGGAGCUGCGCAACCUCCACUUCUUCCCCCCGGAGUACGGCCAGAAGACAGACGGGACGGCUGUGGACAUCUUCUCCUUUGGGAUGUGUGCCCUGGAGAUGGCUGUGCUGGAGAUCCAGAGCAAUGGUGACACCAGGGUCUCCGAGGAGGCCAUCGCGCGGGCACGGCACUCGCUGGACGACCCCAACAUGCGGGAGUUCAUUCUGUCCUGCCUGACCCUCAACCCAGACAAGCGACCCACCGCCAACAGCCUGCUCUUCCACCGGGUGCUCUUCGAAGUCCACUCCCUGAAGCUGCUGGCAGCUCACUGCUUCAUCAACAACCAGUAUCUGAUGCCAGAGAACGUGGUAGAGGAGAAGAUCAAGGAGCUGGACCUGAACAUGGUGAUGGCAGAGAUCCGCAGGGAGGGUAGGCCUGGAGUGCAGUGGAGGUACUCCGAGGUCUCCUUCCUGGAGCUUGACAAGUUCUUGGAGGAUGUCAGGAAUGGGAUCUACCCCCUGAUGAACUUUGCCGUGUCCAGGCCCCAUGCCCUCCCCCGAGUGCUCUCCCAGCCCCAGGAGGACUCUCAGAAGGCCAAGACUCCCACCCCAGAGCCCUUUGAUGUGGAGACCAGGAAGGUGGUGCAGAUGCAAUGCAACAUGGAGCUGAACGAGGACAAGACCCAGUGGCAUCUCACCCUUCUGUUGAUCCUGGAGGACAAGCUGCACCGCCAGCUGAGCUAUGACCUGCUGCCCACUGAUAACUCCAAGGACUUAGCUACGGAGCUGGUGCACUAUGGGUUCAUCCACGAGGAUGACUGCGAGAAGCUGGCGACCUUCCUGGAAAAUGCCUUCCACAAGCACCGCUCCCCUCCCUUGUGAGCCUGCUCCCGGCGCCU